AUGGCACACAGCAAACGAAACACGUCGCGGAGCGUCUUCACCUCUUAUGAACGUGAUAUGGCUAAGGCUGCUUGGGCGUCCACCUCGGCCCGUUUGUCUCGGGAUUCUUUCCUCCCCUUUGGCUCCUGCUACCUCUGCCUUGAGAUGGCCAGGGACCCAGUCUCGUGUAGUCACGGCGACAUCUUCUGCCGAGAGUGCGCUGUGGCCAAUCUACUCGCGCAGAAGAAGGAGAUCAAGCGCGAAGAAAAAGUUCGGGAGAAGAAUGAGCAGGCGACCUUGGAGGUGCAGGCACAACAGGAUGUUGAAGCCCAAGAACGUGCUGUCAAGGACUUUGAAAGUAUCCAGGCAGGGCUGAAACCGUCGGCUGCGGCAACGGCAUCUACAUCAUCCAGUCUAUCGGCCAAGGACGAGGGAGCCGGCCCCGACACCACCAGAAACAUUCAGGUCACCAAGAGGAAGUUUGUGCUGGACCAGGACGAGUUGGACAGAAUUGCCAAGGAGGAUCGCACGAAGGCCAAAAAGUUGAUUAAAGACGAGAAAGCAUGCUACCAUCUGCCCUAA